GACUAGAAUUAUAAUUUUUGUGCGAGUAAAUGGCCGCUUGUGAUUUGUGAUCAGAAUUUUUAUUUCUCUAAUUGAUUUAUUGUUAAAGUUCGAACAAACAGACGGAUCGCCUCUGUUUAUGUUCGGUAAAAAUAUCUCGCCUUACUAUUUAUUGAGUGUCUUAGAUGCAUGUAAAAUAGCCGCCGCCCGGUCUUGACAGAGCACUUAACAUUAUUGCGAAUUGGGAUGAUUUUGAACGCUGGUUUAGAGUUACUAAGUGCAGCUGUUGGAGUCGGGUUUCCGGUUUAUAAGACAUUCCUGCUUCUUGAAUUACCGACUAAGACAAAACGGUUUAUACCGGUCCCAUUCCAAUCAAAAGAUCUUGAACAGGAGAAAUAUGAGAAAGAGAAGAGACAGUUACUUAUAUAUUGGAGUGUUUAUGGUUGUAUCACUGCUAUUGAACGUUCAUUUAGUUCAGUUUUAAGGUGGAUCCCGUUUCUUACACCUAUUAAAAUAGUGUUAUGGAUUUGGUUGCUGCAUCCAAAAACACUGGGUGCUGAAUAUAUAUACGAAGAGUAUCUGAAACCCUUCCUAACUCAAUACAAAACACCGAUUCAUAAGUUUCUUGGUGCUGUUGGAAGCAAGUUAAGCGAUGAUUCACUCAUUACUAAAGGUUGGAACAUUAUCCGCGCGUUCCUUAGCAAACUACCAGCGGCAGAGGAAGUUACAGACAAGUCUUCAGACUCAAAAAAGGACUAAGUCGACUUGUGGAGAAUGUUUUAUUUUUAAGCUACGAACCUCCCGAAUUGUCUUCACGAAUCCAUAUUUUUCACGCCCGAACAAUUUAAAUAUCUAACUGCAUUGUAUGAGGAAUGUACACGAUCAUGCUUCUAUAAUAUUUUUUUUUUAUGUUCUUAUAAUAUGUUAUCAAGGCCUCGAUUUGCUGUUGCUGUCCGAUCCUUCAGCCUUACAUCUCUUUAUAAGGAUAUGAGAAACGGUCUUCUUUACGACGCCAAAGCUUGCGUCUCUUACGAGUGGCAAUGUUCUCUACCAUAACCUCGCUACAAUGCUGUUUCUUAAACGCUUGGAUGAAACGAGGAUCCCACAGUUCACUUGCAAUACCAAGAUCCUUGCAGCAUCUCAUUAAAGCAUUUGAUUUACAACCUUCUGUAGCGGUAGGAAUGUUGGAUGGAUCGAAAUAAACCUGCUCACCACGAGCAACGGACACUAAACGGCCGUGACAAACAAGAGCAUAUUCUCGAGAAACAGAUUUAGGGGUAACAGUUGUCUUACCUCGGGGAGCCAGACCCCAUCCUCCAGGUCCAAAAGCUCUGUUUAAUAUGCGUCUGUAUUUAAUCUCUGGAAGGUAAAGGAUACCAUCUGGUUUAAUUUCAAUGUCCUGGAGGGAAAGAGGGGUUAACAAAACAUCACUAAUCUCUUUGCUGAAUGGUUUCUCUGAGAGUCCAGCGAAGGAAGUUUGCCAAUUCGUUCCCUCUUCAGGCACACCUGGUAAUUCUUCACCAUUUUCCUCACCAACAAGGUAUUCCUUCAACUCCUUCUCAUUCUGAAUAGCUUCCUGGUUUUCGUUGCACUUAAUUGUACUUGUGCUGAACCAUGAAUGUCUGGCAAAAUCUUUAAAUACAGGGUUUGUCAAAAAAUGAUAACUUGGCGUCUUAAGACCGGAGAAAACAGCUCUUCUUGAUGCAUUUAGCAAUGAACAUUUUGCUGUGGCAAACAGGUUUGAAAGAAUUGCCAUUUCGUACAAAUUUCUGAGAAGCUUUCCCCAGUUGCCGAUGGAGAAGGAAAAAAUGAAAAGUUCUGAAAAUGGUAUGGAAGACUUAAUUUUCCUGAGACAAAUUGACUUAUACAAAACUACCAGUCUAUCAAAUGAAGAGUUGCAGUCGACGUGACACACCUGAAAGCGCUUUUACUGUCUUUAGAUGACUGUAUAUGUAUAUGUCAAUUUCAAAAUAGCCGUGAGUAGAUGAACGUUGUUGAAGUCGAAUUCUUUUUUGGCAAAGGUUAAAGAUGGUCGUCUUGCAACGUAAAGUGACUUACUAACUGGUUCGUCUAAGUUUAUAUAAUCAUUAUUCUCGGAUAAAUGUCAAGUCAGGCUUUAGAACGAUGUUCAUCUUGCUAGUCAGUAUGUCCUAUUUCUGGUCACCCUUGUCAUUUCUAUAGCCAUGCUGUGUGAGUAUCGGAAAUUGUAACAUUUAGUUAGGUUUAGUACGAUAUCAAAAUACAAUACAGCUAUUAGGGUUCAAAAUGUAUUGAACCAUAGUGUUGGUUAUUGUAUUGCAAUUUAACUCUCAGUGUCUCUUAGUAAUCAUAUAACAAUGUUAAACACUCUCACUAGUUCAAUAAAUAAUCAGUUGCAGCACUAUCAAUCUUCUGUCUUUUCAUACUAACAAGCAUCAU